AUGUGUAGCGUCCCAAGCCUUCGAAGUCAAAGUGAUUCUUUAACACACUUUAUCGAUGAUGAACAACAGGAUCGUUUGUUUUGGCCACCUGAAAGUUACACGCCCGGUUUAGCUCAGCAUUUUAUUAAGUUUGCAGCAGCUGGCUUUACCACCAAUUCUUCAGCACCGCCUACUGAGAGUUUAAAUCAGUUCAUUUCGCACUUUCAGUCAUUUAAGCCUCUGAUGGAUCGCUCUAACUUGGGAAUUUUGAGGGAUUUGAACGAAUACAAGGAUAAGAAGAGGGUUUUGAAGGAGUCGAUGGAGCACCUUUCUGAUCAAUUGGAGCACUUUGACGUUAGCACUCUGCUCAGAAUACUUAUUUACUGCCUGGAUAUGUCUGAUAAGUGUACUAGCAAGGAGUUUAGCCUAGGCUUGGUUCAAACUCUCGUUUCAAAACUGCAGUCGAGUAAACUUGUCCCCCUUGAUAAUUCUGAGGGCCCUUUGAGCCAUGAUUAUGACGAUAAGGCGUCGGAAGGCGAGGUGCACUUGAUUCACUUGACGCAGUCUUUCUUGAAGUUGGACUUGCACGAUAAGCUGGUUGACCAUUUCGACUACCUGUACAUGUCUCUGAAUAGGUGCAUAACAGGCUACUCGUUGGACCGUCUGGUUCAGCUUUGCGACACAUUGGGCGAUUUGUACCUGCUGACGCGGCUAGAUGGGUUGAAGUUACUGUUACAGAAGUCAGUGUACACCUUAUUUGACCAGAUCGAUAAGUACAAGGUCGAGGUGCCAAUUUGCAGCUGGAUUCAACUGAUCAAGGCCGUUAACAAGUGCGGCGAAACCUACAUGUACAAGAGGCUCAUUCCGUACGUAAUACGUACCAAUGAAGACGUUGACGAGGGACCAACGGCAAGCAUAGAUGAACGAGCCUACGAAGUUAUCAGGUUGAAUGUGGACCUGUUGAAUACCUUACUAUUUACUGGGAUUAUAGACAAUUUUCACAUUAUUGAGUUGAUAUUGCAGUCGAUUUCAAGCUACUUGAUCCAGAAACUGUCUCCUUCCGCCACAAUUGGUGACAUUUUCGGCCGAAGCCAUUAUAACAACGAGAAUCACUUCAUAAAUGAGCUUCUUUACAAAAGAUACGACAGUAAACUGUUUAGAUCGCCCCCUUCUCCAUCUUACGAUACCCCUGGUAGUGGUACUAGUGACAGUCUUUUGUAUUGUUCCUUGUUUAAGAUUCUGCACGAUAACAACAAGGUUUCCUUUGUCAAGGGGCUGAAAAUGGCUGAGAUGUACUUGAGAUCAGUGUAUCCCACUGUCUUCCAUAAGCUGAGUAAGAAUAGGCUGUUGCACGUCGCUCGACUCCUCAAGUUCCAAGACGAGACUGAAUACGUUAAGGCGAGCAACCUGCUUACUGAUAACUUCGACUUGAUUACAAGGCAUCUCAAGGGGCACCCUCUGAUUGUGCUAGUGGACAUCUACUAUUUAAUUUCAACGGACAGAAACGAUAAGAAGUACGUGGAGGUUGUCGAGGGUGACGGUAAAGACACUAAAUUGAGCAAAUCUUCUGAGUUUAAGCUGAAUUACCUUAAAUCACAGGGCUGGGAGUGUAUUAAAGUAACCAAAUAA